AUUAUUCUUUCUUUUAUAACAUUAAUAAAACCAGCUCUCUCUCUCUCUCUCUCUCUCUCUCCCCAUUCAAAAAUCGCACUUUCAAAAUCUUUUCGUUUUUCCAAAAUCUUCGUGUUUCGCGGGCACACUCUCACAGCUUCUCCUAAAUUUUCUGACGAAACAAACAAAAAAAAUGGCGGAUUCCACUGAAGAUUUCGAGCCAUUGUUCGAUUACUCUCGAGUUCAGCCUCUCAAUUUCGUGUCCCUCGACGAUGAUGAUGAUGAUGAUGAUGAUACUGCAUCCCCAGCUUUGUCUCCUAAACGGAGGAGGAUUGCUAAACCUAUUGUUAUUGAGGAUUUGGAGGAAAACACCAAUGUGAUACAAAUUGCGGAUUCUGGAAAAAAUGAGGAGUUGGAUUGGCUUUCUCCUCCACCCAAGGUUUCCAGGAAUGCUCAGAGGACGGUGGUGGAGGAUUCUACAUUAAAGGAGUUGAGAUUGAAAAAGAAGGAGCUUGAAUCAUUUGCACAAUCUGCUGAAGAUGUUUUGCGAGCUGUUGAGGAGUCUGUAAAAUUACAACUUGGUAGUUCAAUGCAGUCUUCUCUGGAGGCUUUUGCUGACCAACCAUUAAAGCCUACUUGUGAGCGAGUUAAGAUAGUUAUUUCUAUUCAGGACAAGGAUGGGACUAAGCAGUUUCGCAUAUACACGGAUGACAAGUUUGAGAGGCUCUUCAAAAUGUAUGCGGAUAAAGUUAAGCUUGACCUACAGAACUUAGUAUUUUCUUUUGAUGGGGAUAAAAUCAAUCCAGCUGCAACCCCUGAUGGUCUGGGUAUGGAGGAAAAUGACAUUAUUGAGGUUCAUGUUAAGUCAAGCUGACUGAGGAUUAUGGUUUAACCAUGGCGCUUAAAUCAACAUUUGUGCCACUUCCAGGAGAUAUAGAUUGUGCCUGGAUGAGAUCUUUUGGUAUAAAAACUAUAGUUAUUUUUUGUUUAUUGGUUGUGCAAUAUUGGGCCCUCAAUUGUAUAGUGUCAUGGAUGUUUUUUUAAAGAAUUACAGUUUUGGCUGCACUGCUUAGAAGUUGCUUGACCAUGAAUGACUAAUUGAGAAAAGAAAAGAGUGCCAAUUAUCAUAUGUAUAUACUCAAUUUGCUUUCUUGGAA